UUUAUGGGAACGCCUCGCCGACCCCCAGUCGAGCUGUAGCAGCUAGCAGACGUGUAUCACUCUGUUCACUGCUCUGAGAUUUACUUCUUCAACUUUUGGUACUCCUCAAAGUAAAAUUUAAACCGAAACGGAGAGCACGACACCACACUGAGUAGGUAAAAUUAUAACAGAGCCUGUUAGUCAGCUUGUAGUUGCAGAACAAACAUGACCGAGGUGGUGCAGGUUGCAGCCUUGGAUGCUCAUGACAGUGAAGAAAACACAGAGGACUAUAUGGGGCAAGAAGAAAAUGAUGCAGAGGAAAGAAGUGAGAGCGAAAAUACAAAAGCUCACCAUGAGGAUGAUGAAACGACCGAUGAAACUGAGAAGACACACCUCAACGGUGUGGAGAACAAACAAAACUGUACAAGAGAGGAAAUUGAUGGAUCGGAGGAUGUUAACGGAAAGUCACAGGAGAGCCCAGAACCUGAAACAAAUGAUACAGAGAAUAUUUCUGAUGUGGCACUAAAGAAAGAGAAACUCCUCAGAUCCAGAAAGCUGGUGGCCAGAAGCUAUGUGCCAAAGCUGAACAAGGAUAAAGCAGAUGUAACGAGUAAGUUUGAGGCCAUGCAGAAGGCCAGGGAGGAGCGUAGUCGACAGAGGAACAGGGAGGAACAGCAGAAGAGGAAGGAUCAAUACGUCAAGGAGAGAGAAUGGAAUCGCAGAAAGCAGCAGAUAAAAGAACUACUCGCUUCCAGUGAUGAAGAAGAGGAGGUAAAGCCGAAAAAGGUGGAGAAGUCCUUCGUCCCCAAAAUCACAGGUAGUGUGAAGGGGAAGUUUGCAGAGAUGGAGAAACAAAGACAAGAGGAGGAGAGGAAGAGGAUGGAAGAAGAAAGAAAAAAGAGAGAAGCCCAGGACAAAGUAGAGAAAGCCAAAAUCAAGAAAGAACUGGCUCAGAAAGCUGCUGAGGAAGGAGAUGACACAAUCCUGGUGCGUGUGGUUCCAGCCAAAUCUUCACGACCUCCGGGUAAAAUUAAAAUGAACUUUGAGGACAUUGAGAAGAACCGAGAGGAGGAACUGAAGAAGAAAGCAGAGGAGGAGAAGAAGAGACGAUAUGAUGAAAACAGACGCUCCUUCAGAGAAGCCAAGCGACGCUCUAUUGUUCCAGAGGAUGAAGAGGAAAAGCCCACAGAGAAGGUGGUGUCUGUGGCUCCUGGAAAGCUGAAGCUGACCUUUGAGGAGAUGGAAAGGGAAAGGCAGAAGCAGAGGAGAAAGCAGGCUGAGGAAGAAGCCAAACAACGCUUGUUAGAAGAGAAAAAGGCUUUCAAAGAGGCCAAAGAAGAAAUGGAAGAUGAUGAGGAAAGCUCUCAGCCAGAUGAGGAAGAAAAAGAUGAGUUUCGUCCUGGAAAACUGAGACUGAGCUUCGAGGAGUUAGAGAGGCAAAGGGUAGAAGGAGUGCGCAAAAAAGCAGAAGAGGAGGCCAAGAGACGAAUGGAAGAGGAGAGACGAGCUUUUGCCGAAGCCAGGAGGAGCAUGCUUGUAGAUGAAGAUGACGAGGUCCUGAUGGCCUUGCUGAACUUGGAGGGAACUGAACCAGGGAAAAUCUGUGCCAGUUUUGAGGAUCUAGAACGACAGAGACGUGAGGAGGAGCAGAGAAAGGCUGAGGAGGAGGCCAAGAAGAGGUUGGAGGAGGAAAAGAGGCUCUUUGCUGAGGCCCGCAAGAGCAUGGUGCUGGAAGACGAUGAAGAAAUGAUGAGGAGCGAUUCUCAGGAGGCUUUGCACCCCAGAAAAUUAGAGAUCAACUUUGAAGAGCUGCUAAAAGAGAAGGAGGAGGCUGAGAGGAGGUGCAAGGCAGAGGAGCGUAAGAAGAAAUUGGAGCAGGAGAAGCAGGAAUUUGAACAACUCAGACAAGAAAUGGGCCAGGAGGAAAUAAACGAAAGUUCAGAUGUUGUAAGUAAUGAAUAUGAAGAGCUGACAAAGCUGAAGAAAACUGGCUCCAUUCAGGCCAAAAAUCUCAAAUCUAAGUUUGAGAAGAUCAAGCAGCUGACGGAGGAGGAGAUUCAGAAAAAGAUAGAGAUGGAGAGAGAGCGGAGGAAGGCCAUUGAUGAUGAAAUCAAACAGAGAGAAGCUGAGCGGUUCCAGGAGGAGGAGGAGGGGGAGGGAAGAGUAACAACUCCAGGAAGGCUUGAGGAGUCACCGUUCAGGCAAAAAGUGGACAUGCGAGCUCGCUUUCAACAAAUGGCCAAAGCCAGAGAGGAAGAAGAACGGAGGAGGAUCGAGGAGCAGAAGCUCCAGCGAAUGCAGUUUGAACAGCAGGAGAUUGAUGCUGCUCUUCAAAAGAAGAAAGAGGACGAAGUGGAGGAUGAGGGUAGCAUCAUCAAUGGCUUGGCAGCUUAUGAAGAUGAGGAAGAUCAUGCUCGUUCAGGGGCUCCAUGGUUUAAGAAGCCUCUUAAAAAUCAGUCGGUGGUGGAUUCUGAGCCUGUUCGGUUCACUGUUAAGAUCACUGGGGAGCCAAAGCCUGAGGUAACCUGGUGGUUUGAGGGAGAGAUGCUCCAGGACUGUGAGGACUAUCAGUAUAUUGAAAGAGGAGAGACAUACUGCCUCUACCUGCCCGAGACCUUUCCAGAAGACGAAGGGGAGUACAUGUGCAAGGCUGUGAACAGCAGAGGCACAGCAGCAAGUACCUGCAUCCUUACAAUAGAAACUUAUGACUACUGAUGCUCCUUCGUAUGCAGAAGAUUGUUCCUUGUCUUUCAAUCCUUUUGUAAAACUUCAUUUAUUGUGGUCAGACAGUUAGGGGAGAACCGUAUGCUUGGCAUUCCUAAGGAAGGGAAACACACAUAUUCAAACACAAAAACAAGAUGUUGUUUACAUGUUGCUCAAUCGUUAAGCUCAAGGAUGUAGGAAAAUACUUGUGCCAAAACUGACAGAUUCCUGUUUCUGUGCUAAAAACUGUACUAAACAUCAAAAGUGUAUUUGCUACAAGGCCCUAGCAGCUUUCAUGAAACCAGCAAUUUCUAAAUGUUGUUAAACUGCAUUGUAAAUAUGACAUUAAAUUGUCCAUAAAUCACCAAAUGUUAUGCUUAAGUAUCAAAAUAAGUAGAAUAUUUUAUAUAUCUCUGUUUUGAUUAACACAGUAUUGAAAUAUCAGUUAAACAUGUAGUUUAUGUUGAUAGUCAUCUGGUAUUAUACUGAGGAAAAUCAUGUUCUGUCAAGAGUCUAACAGUGCAGGAAAAAGAUUAAUUUGUUCGUCAAUUGAUUUCAGCAACAUCUAAACAAAUGUUCAUUUUUUCAUGUGAACUCCCCCCUUUUUUAUUUUAAGCACAGUUUAAUACUCUUAGUACAGAUGUCAAUAUUCAGUUCUCCGGGAUGAUCAUUUUGUUUGAUAAUGGAAAAAAUAGGCUAGUUUUGAAUUUUUGUCAUAUGUAAUAAUAGAAAUCAAGUUUUAAUAAAACAAACCAAAAGAACACUUUCAUUGUGCUGUCUUUGAUAUUAUACAAACCUGAUAUGUUGCAGAU